UCCACGUGUCCCGGAAAACAAGUUGAUUUGUUGUAUAUGUAAGAAGAAAAGAAGCCAUGGAGGCGAAGGACCUUUACAUCAAACCAGGUAAUCAGGAGCGGGGCUGGAAUGACCCUCCACAGUUUUCCUAUGGUUUGCAGACAGCAGCACAAGGUGCACCCAAGAGGACCCCUCUCAACAAGAGAGUGCCCCCACCUCAACUCACAGGAUCCCCUUGUCCUGUCCCAGGAGAUUUUCCUUCCUUAACAGCUCCAAUGACUCCUCCUACCAACCCACUGGCCCCUCCAUGUAGUAUGAACACGCCCCCUCGUCCAUGUCCUGUCGCAGCCCCUCUUGGUGGGGUGAUGAUGAUGGCCACACCUCCACCACCUUUCCCUGUGGUAGUGCACACAGACUCUGCCAGUAGCCAAUCAGAAAAUGAGCCAGAUGUAGACGAUGUAGUCACUCUUCUCAACUGGGCACUGACAGCUUGUAGACACACAGUCAAAAAACAGGUGUGUAAUGAUGUGGCGAAGCGUCUGAAGCUCUUUGAGGACAUGUGGAAGUCUGGGAAGCUGUCACUUCCUGUUAGGAGAAGAAUGAAUGGACUGGUGCAAGAGUUGAAGAGUUGUAACUGGGACGCUGCUGAUGAGAUCCACCGGGCUCUGAUAGUGGACCAUGUUAACGAGGUCGGUCAGUGGAUGGUGGGGGUCAAGCGUCUCAUCGCUGAAACACGCAACUUAAACCCAGACCUCCUGCACACACAGGAAGUAGACCAGAGUCUAGACACCAGCAGCACUGGUAACUGACUAGAUCAAUAAUGACACUUUUGGAACUUUUCUAUCAGGUUGUGGAACCAUGAGGACUCUCGGUCGUCCAUGUGAAAAGCCAUUGAAAUUAAAC